GAAAAAAAACAGGGGGAAAAACAAAAAUCAAAAACAAAAAUAUCCCGCCCUGCCGCAGCGCCCUGUACUUUUGAAGAGCGCGCUCGCUCUCACUCUCUCUCGUUCACUCUGGAACUCACCGUCACCUCCGAUUACCCAAUACUCCUCGAUCAUUCCUUCCUUCUCGCUUCUCUCUUUCAAUGAUCCAAAGGUUUCAGAGCUGAGAGACAAUUACCAGAUAGAUCGGAGUGAUGGCGAUCGAAAAACAUGUGAAGAAAAAAGUAAAUAAUUUAAGCGAAGGUCGGAAAUGUGAAGAUGAGAAGCAACCUAAAGUGAAUUGGUUGCAACAUGCCAAUGCACUUGAUAAUAUUUCCUCUAGAAGGAAAUUUUUGAGUGCGAAUUUCCUUUACUCGCUUGAAUCGCAAAAACCAAUGUCCAUGAGGUUAAGCUUCUGUGAUGUCCAGAAUCCUCAAAGACUGCAGAGUUCACAAGUUGAAAAGGCUUGGCAUGCUCUGUCCACUCUUCAGAUUUCUUCCAGGAACUACAUUAGACCUGGUCAAACUGGUCCAGUAAAGAAUGUCAGUGAAGACUUGUCGGGCAAUGUAGGGCAAAGACCUACCUUCCAAAGCUCAAGUAAUAUUAGCAAAUAUUCUGAAGGUGUGUAUGCACAGAAAAACUUGAGUGGAAAGAACAGUGAAGCUGCAAAGCAUAUGGGCAAUGUUAUCCCAGCAGACAAUGCUAGCCAUGUGCAAUCUGGAAACAAUCAAGGGUGGCCAAGUGAUAUUAAAGCAUCAUCAGGGGUCAACACCAACCAGUCUAAUGUUUUAGCUGGUUCGUUCGUCAAUCACACUGUGCAAACUUGUCAAACAAAAGAGUUUGUGGAAACUUCAGCUGAUUACAUUGAUGAUGAUGACCUGAUCGAGAGUAUAGAUGUGGACCAAAUUGUUAUGGAGCACUACCAAGCUACUUGCACACCACAACCAGCAAUUUCUAAGUUUCCGCCCAUAACUCCAACUGCAGAUCAAAAUAGUUUUAUAAGGCCAGAGGAGAUUUCUGUGCCACCUGAGUUGUGUUCAAACUGCAGUCAUGGAUUCAAGCUAGGACUUUGCCCAGAGGCUGCCAAACAUUUACAAGAAAUGAAGGAUAUGCUGAUUGCAGUAUCAAAUGAUCUGCUUGACAAUGCUGCUGAACUGAGUCAAGCGCAGAUAGAUAAGCUUCGCCAAGAUAGGUUACAGCUCAAUAAGCAAAUUCAGCAACUUGAAAAAUAUCUUCGUGAUGAGGAAAGACAGAAGUCACACUUUUCUGCAUCCACAUUGGUUCGAAAUUUGCAGUAUGAAACACCUCAAUCUGCUGCAUGCAAAAUAGAUCCCAUGAGAUUUGAUGCCCAGGUUCAUCUACGAAAUGACCUGAAUGAAUAUGAAAAGUGGAAUGCACCCUCAGUUUCAUUCUCUUCCAUUGAUAGCUUUGGUGUUUCUUCUGUUCCUUUAGAGAGAGAACCUUACAUUCCAAGCUUUGUUGAAGUUAAUUAUAUCGAAGGCUCAAAUGAUCCAAAGUGGAGCAGCACAAAUUUCCCAUGGACAAAAAAGCUGGAGGCCAAUAACAAAAAAGUGUUUGGAAACCACUCGUUUCGCCCCAAUCAAAGAGAGGUCAUCAAUGCUACAAUGAGUGGGUAUGAUGUCUUUGUUUUAAUGCCAACUGGAGGUGGAAAAAGUCUGACAUAUCAGCUUCCUGCUCUAGUUUGUCCUGGAAUAACCUUAGUAAUUUCUCCACUCGUGUCGCUGAUCCAAGAUCAAAUAAUGCACCUUUUGCAGGCAAAUAUUCCUGCUGCUUACCUGAGUGCCAACAUGGAGUGGACUGAACAACAGGAGAUCCUAAGGGAACUUUGUUCUGAUUAUUGUAAAUACAGGUUGUUAUAUGUCACGCCAGAGAAAGUUGCUAAAAGUGAUGUUCUUUUGCGGAACUUGGAGAGCUUAAAUGGUCGUGGAUUGCUUGCUAGGAUUGUUAUUGAUGAAGCACACUGUGUGAGUCAGUGGGGGCAUGAUUUUAGACCGGAUUACAAGGAACUUGGUAUCUUGAAGAAGAAAUUUGAGAAAACUCCAGUGUUAGCUUUGACUGCUACUGCAACAGCCAGUGUAAAAGAAGAUGUUGUGCAAGCUCUUGGUCUUGUGGACUGCAUUGUUUUCCGGCAAAGCUUUAAUCGCCCCAACUUAUGGUAUUCUGUAAUUCCCAAGACAAAAAAGUGCUUGGAAGACAUCGACAAGUUCAUCAAAGAAAAUCAUUUUGAUGAAUGUGGAAUUAUUUACUGUCUUUCAAGAAUGGACUGCGAAAAAGUUGCUGAAAAACUGCAGGAAUGUGGGCAUAAAACAGCAUUUUACCAUGGUAAUAUGGAUGCUGCACAACGUUCCUUUGUUCAGAAGCAGUGGAGCAAAGAUGAAAUUAACAUCAUCUGUGCUACAGUGGCAUUUGGAAUGGGCAUCAACAAACCAGAUGUCCGCUUUGUGAUUCAUCAUUCUCUUCCAAAAUCGAUUGAAGGUUAUCAUCAGGAGUGUGGUCGUGCUGGCAGAGACGGUCAACGCUCAUCCUGUGUGUUGUAUUACAGUUACAGCGACUAUAUACGAGUCAAGCACAUGAUUAUACAAGGACAAGCAGAGCAAAGUCCCUGGACAGCUGGAUGUGGUCGCAAUAAUAUGAAAAGUUCAGAUAGGAUACUGGAAAAAAACACUGAAAAUCUCCUGCGAAUGGUCAGUUAUUCUGAAAAUGAUGUCGAUUGCAGACGUCUCUUACAACUUCUGCAUUUUGGAGAAAAGUUUGAUGCUGGAAACUGUGGGAAUACAUGUGAUAAUUGCUCUAAGAUCAAAACUCUAGUGGAGAGGGACGUCACUGAGAGUGCAAAGCAAUUGGUUGAGCUGGUCAAGUUAACUGGGCAGCAUUUUUCAUCAUCUCACAUUUUAGAAGUCUACAGGGGUUCCUUAAGCCAAUUUGUCAAGAGACACAGACAUGAGAACUUGAGCCUUCAUGGAGCUGGAAAACACCUAGCCAAGGGUGAAGCUUCCCGUAUAUUGCGUCAUCUUGUUAUUGAGGAUUUUCUUGCAGAGGAUGUUAAGAAAAGUGACUUUUACGGAUCUGUAUCGUCAGUGUUAAAGGUGAAUGAAUCCAAGGCACACAAACUAUGCUCUGGCGGGCAAAGGAUUGUUUUAAGAUUCCCUUCCUCUGUAAAAGCUUCAAAACAGGGCAAAUCUGAGGCUACUCCAGCCAAAGGCUCACUCAUGUCUGGGAAGUUAAGUCCUCCGCAAGCUGGUAGUCCUGCCCAACCUCAAUCUGAAGUGGACUUGAACCUGUCGGCAAAACUAUUUUCUGCUCUGCGAAUGCUUCGAACUGCUCUUCUGAAAGAAGCUGGAGAUGGUGUUAUGGCGUACCACAUAUUUGGUAAUGCCACGCUGCAGCACAUGAGCAAAAGAAUUCCCAGAACGAAGGAAGAACUCCUGGAGAUCAAUGGCAUCGGAAAGGCCAAGGUCAGUAAGUAUGGAGAUCGAGUGCUUGAAACCAUUGAAUCUACCAUUAGGGAAUACAAUAAGGGAGACAGAAAUAGUAGCGGUAGCAAUGAAAGUAGUGAUUCAAUAAAGAGGAGAAGAGAUGCAAGUAAGGCUCUGAAUGGGAACAUGGAAGAAGAAGAUGAAUUCACCAAAAGCACUGGUCGGUCAAAGAAAAGGACAGUGACGAGGCAGAACAAAGGUUCCGAGGUUCAUAAUUCUAUGGAGCCAGUUAGCUGCAACCAGUUCCUAGACGAUGACCUGGAUUUCAAAGAUUCCUAUCAUGAUCUGGAAGCUGAUGCUUAGAAGUAAAGGAUGAAGAGGAUUUUUCUGGGAGAGUGCUGUCAUCAUGGUAAAAUCCAGGCAAGAAGGUGCCAAAUUCUAACCAAAAUAUGUGUCAAGAAAAUUCCUUGCAAGAGGAUGAUCAUUAGUCUUAACUCUUUAACUCUUUCAAGAGGAUGAUCAUAAGCACUUCCAGAUAGAAGUCAAGAGUGAGUUAGAAGGUUUCAGCAGUUGCGUUUGAAGCUUAAGAUGGCCAAUAACUGGGCUGGUGUUUCAAGAUUCAGCCGUGUAAAUUGUGAAACUAAUUGUGAUUGGAUAGUAAUUGUCCGUCUAAUUAAUGCACUGAUUAUUGUUUUAAAAUAGAAAGUACAAAUAUAAAUAUAAAUAUAAAAGAACAAACA